AUUUUGCAAGACUAUCUCGGACUCGGUGUUGACUUGCAAAUGUAGUCGCUCGAGGUUUUUGAAAGCAUGCGUGCGGAAGAGGUGUUGGAGUUUUGAGAAUGGAGCCGCGUGUGGCGAGGGGUUUGUCGCAAUUCGGUGCUCGUGGGAAGUGGAUUGUGACAUUAGGUCUCGAGGAUCAAUUCUGAAGUUCUCGGCGAGGUUUCUGGAUGUUUAUGGGAUCGCGCCUGGUUUGUAUCAUUCUCCUGCAGAUGCAGGACAACAAGAAGCAGGUCAUCGGAAAAUUUCAACAGUCCCUGCACAUAAACACAAGAUUGUUGAAAUGGCGCAGUCUGGGGGAAUUAGCGGGCCUAGCAGUGACGACGUUGGGACUUCGAAUCCUUCAAUCAACCUGCGGGGAGACUCAUCAAGGAAUGUACCUAUUUAUGUACUCUUCUUGAUCAUGCUCAGUUCCGGGAUCUUUACUCUCAUCUUCCUUUGGAUAUGCGUUCAGUAUGUGUAUCACAAAAGGAUGGUCAGACAAGCCCUUAGAGACCUAGAACAAAUCUUUGUAGUCGAACGUGCUUGGGAAGCAGAGGGCAUGGAACGAACACAGCAGGAAACCCCGUCGCAACCAGAUGGAAUAACUCCAAAUGCACCUAAAUUGAGCUCUGAUGGCAAAGGUUGCGACAACAAAGUCGAAUUGACCUACGUGGUCAUGGCUGGGGAAGACCAGCCAACAUUUCUUGCACGACCCCUAAGCACUUCUCAGGAGUCUACUGUGGCUCCAAAGGCUGCCGUAUAGUAAUUUACUAUUCCUAGUACUGUAGACAGAAUUCAUUGUAAACUGAAUGUUGGCUCCACCAGGGAGAAUCUCGAAAACCCACAGAUCCUUUCCACACUUUCAGACCGUAAACAUUGUAGAAAGAUAUUCGGCAUGAUGCAACUUCACAUUUGGUUAUAUACUUCCUCAGUGCAUCGAUUAUUCCUCUCCGACCUUAACUUCAUUUUGUAAUUUACACUAGUCACUUCCUCUAUGCGUUUGGUUGAAAUCUACCUCGAUCGAAAUUUCAGCAACCAGCGCUACUUGCUCUUCUUUGGAAUGCGUCUUGUUGGAAACACUUUUACCGUGCUCUAUUUCGAAUGUGGGGGUUGCAUUUGGGAUUUCCAAAUGCGUCUUCGAUGCGAGACCAGUUCAGGCCGAUCCUAUCCGACUAGAUUAUUACUAGGUCAGUGGACUCUAGGUUCGUUUCGCUCACCUUGACCUGACUAACGCGCGACAGAGAUUAUGAUUGAUCAUGUUCGGAGUCUGUUCAAUCUUCCCGGCCAUACUAUGCAAAAUCUAUCCAGCUUUCAACUGGGAUACCAGAAGCGGUGUUGAUAAGUCCAUGGGCUUGGUGCGUAGACUGGGCAUAUCAAAGGGAAAUGUGCAUCGCAGCGAAUCUGGGUCCAAGGAGAGGAGUAUUGACCAGGAGUUCCGCCUAAAAUUACUCCGGACUGUUGACUGGCCAUGGCGAACGGGAACGUGGUGUCGGAGGAGACCUGUUCCGGUUGUAACUACGUUCUUUCAGGACAUAUUGUGAAGAAGCGGUGAACAUGUUUUGCGAACUUGGUACCGUCGUGAAUGAAUAUAAACUGUGAUGUACGGAAGCUCUGCGAUCACGUGAUAAGAGUUGUUCACCUUGAUAAGCUGCUGAGUUGAUGAUCUAGUAGCUCUUCUUAUACCACAUUUGGGGUGGCCAACAUGAGUCGGCAAAAGAAGCUUGUAAGAUUAAAGCGAAAACCAAUGCUGCACGACUCCUCACACGGAAGGCUUUGUUGAAAUUUGCAUCUCGUGCAGAAAACCUGCUUUUGUUUCAGCAUUCACCUUGUGUUAAAACGGUAGAUUGCUGUAACAAAAGUUACACUGCGUGUUUAAAGACUUCGAGACUUGGAUAUUUGCACACAGAAAGGGAAAAAAAUGGUCUGAUUUUGUACGACAGGUGACAGAGCUAACAGAGCUAUUUUUACUCCAAGUAUGGAGGAUAUUUUUUUUCAUUGUAUUUAGGUAGAACUGGCCGACAUUUUGCUUUCAUGCUUAGGAAGCGCCGAGGACUCCCAUCAGCGGUACCCUGUCAAUGACAACAUCAAGUUGCUGGAUCCAAUCAUGAAGAUGCUGGGCAGUUCUCAUAUCAUGUGAUCACCGCGUCCGAAGAGAAGCACUCUUGGAAGUACUGCACACUGUAGCCACUCCGAGAUCCUGACAAUUCGCACGUCGGGGUCUCACUGGACAACUUUAGGAACCGUUGACGGAAGCAGCUCAAGCAAAGAUUUAUAUACAGAACAUUGGGUAUGCGACAACGAACCAUGUGCUAGUUAAGCGUCUGCCCUCUGGAUGUACUUUGUUUCAAAUAUGUGUUUUGAAACCUAA